AUGAAAGAUCUUGGAGAACCUAAGUUCUUUCUUGGAAUUGAGUUUUCCAAGUCUAAGAGAGGUAUACACAUGUGUCAAAGGAAGUAUACACUGGAGCUGGUGUUUGAACUAGGUGUAUCUAGUGGUAAACCUACUUCUACACCAAUGGAGUUCAAUCACAAAUUAACCUCAGUGGAGUUUGACAAAAUAGUGAAGGUCUCUAAUGAGAAUGAUCCACAGCUAGUAGAUAAAGGACUGGGACUCUUUAUGCCUAUUAAUGGGAACAAUAAGUUGACUGCAUACUGUGACUCUGAUUGGGGUUCUUAUGUGGAAUCAAGAAAGUCUGUUACUCGUUAUCUAGUGAAGUUUGGAGAAGCCUUGAUUUCUUGGAAGUCAAAGAAACAAAAUAUAGUAUCCAGGAGCUCUACUGAAGCAGAAUUUAAAAGCAUGGCAACAAUAGUUGCUGAAGUCACUUGGCUUACUGGACCAUACAAGGAGCUAGGAGUCACUGUUACAUUACCUUUUCAGAUGUUUUGUGACAGCAAAGCUGCCAUCCAAAUAGCUACUCAUCCCAUAUUCCACAAAACAUCUGAAAAGGUAAUGUGA